AUGUCCUGGUCAAAGCGCCUCGAGCCCCCGGAGGUGGUGUCACGUGUGUCCGAGUGGCCAAUGGCAGUCAGUGCUGAGCAGGCGGCGGCGGCGGCUACUCCUCCCGGGACUGAGGAAAGGCAAACGGUGUCGGGGUCUGGGUCUGGGACGGGAAACAGCGGGGCCGAGACCGAGCGAUCGUCCGUACUGGACAUGCCCAAUAAAAACAAGAAAGACAAGGAGCCUCCUAAAACUGGGAAAAGUGGUAAAAGCGGCACAAAGGACGCGCAGGAGAAUGCCGAAGUGGAGAUCUCAAACAAGAGGCCCAACAAUAGUACCCCUCCAACUACACAGUUAACAAAGAUAAAGUUUCCUGGACCUACGGCAGUAGUGAAGAAAGAAAAGCGUCAGAGUUCUUCCAGGUUCAAUAUCAGUAACAACAGGGAGCUACAAAAACUACCACCUUUGAAAGGUUUGUCCAGCACAGGAACGGGCACUUCGUCCCAUGAUGUUGUGCUGAGCACGCAACCUAAUUAA